AUGAUUGAAGAACAACUUCUGGAGAACUUGCUUACCAGGCUGCAGAGCCAACAUAAGAUGGAGCUGCAACCACCUUCUCUAUCCAUCUCUUUGACCCAGGCUCUCUACGAGGUGAUCUCCGUCCUGGAAUCCAGGGACACCAUCCAAGGCCUUUUUCCAGAGCUCCUGAUGACCUUCCUUGUGGAGCUCCAUUUCAGCAGCCAGAGGGACUCCCUGCCAGAUGUGGACUUCCUCCAGCAGUGUGGACAGGUCAAAGGUCAAGUCAGUUUUGCCGUGGAGGCCAUCAAGAUGCUCCUCAUACGGAUCGGAUGCCGGUACGAGGUGACGUUCAUGGAGAAGAAGCGGGAUGGUCGAUGCUACAAUGCGGCAGGGAACUCCUGCAGGGCAGCGCCCUCCUGGCCAGAUUAUCAGGUCCUGGAUUUGCUAUUUUCUGUCCUCAGCAAAAACAGUGAAACACACAAGCCGACAAUCAUUGCCGUCUUUGUCGAGCUACUUCACUAUCAAGACAUCGAUCAGUUCCCCUCCGAACAGAUCUUUGAGAGCCUUGAAGAAUGGACCCAAAACCCCAGCCCAGAUGUUCGGUCUCUUGCCGUGAGAGCCCUUGGCAUCCUGGCCAUCCAUCCAGACAAGGUGGAGGAAGUCAAAGUCUUGAUGCCCACUCUCUUGGGAAGCCUGGAAGAAACGGACAAUGGCGUCAUCCUGGAAGCCAUCACCGCCCUUCAAAACGUCCUGAAGUUCAUGCAGAGAAGCGACGUCGUGACUCUGGCAGAGAAGCUCCUUCCGUUGUUUAGCACAACGGACGCUAAAGUGCGCAACUCCGCCAUCGUUCUCUUUGCCGAGCUGCCCAAUUUGGUGAAGAAGAAGGAGAAAUAUCUCAUCCAGGAGCAAGUCAAUCAAAGCCUCGUCCCUCUGUUGCUUCACCUCCAGGACGAGGAACCGGAUGUCGUGAAGGGCUGCCAGGAUGCCCUUCUCAGGUGCUUCCGGUUUCUGGGUUGGUCCCUUCCAAAGAAGAUCAGCAGCAAGAAAGCCUGGCACGAUCACCCUCUGAUCCCAGAGAGCCUCUGCCGCCAAAUCUCCUGGAAAGUAAAAACCAUCCCUGCCGUCUUGCUCCAAUGCCUGGAUCAUCUUCAAUGCCCCCAGGUUUCCAUCCGGAGAGCAGCUACCAUCUUUAUCGGCUGUGUCGCUCAAUCGGCAGAUCCUGUGGCCAUCACUCAAGAAAACAAGGACUUGAUAUUCAUCUCCCUUUCCAAGCUCCAACACGACCCCGAUCCUUCGGUCCGUGUGGCUGCCAUGGAAGCCAUGCAGAUGGUCCAGGAUGCCUGCGGGGGGCCCUCCAUCGCGCUUCGAAGCCAGACCCACUUCAACCUGGACAGGGAAGAGCGCGUCUUCUCCCAGGGACACUGGGAAGCGCCGGAUCCAUCCCUGACCCAUCGCUGGAAUCCAUCGUCCCCGGUCUCUCAUAGGAUCGUGACUGGUUUCGUCAGGAGGCGACAGUCCGGGGCCGCACGCCAAACCUGACCUACCUCCAUGGGGAGGAUGGUAGAGCACGCCAGGCAGCUGACUCUUCAAGGAGUGGGGGGCUGCAGCAGAACUGAUCUAGAAGCCCCCGAUCCGAAAGGGAUC